UUGUACCCAGAGUUAAGUUCGAAUAUUUCGAAGCCGGGGAAACAUGGGGGCACGCGUUACACGCAUGUUUAGAAAUUUUAACUUGGAAAACCGGGCUCACCGGGAGAUCGAAAAAGCCAAACCUAUACCUGCUCCCCGGCAUCCUACGCACAAGGACAUUGUGAAAGAAAUCGACAAAAGUCCUGAGAUAACUGAAACCAUCCACCAGAAAAACGACCCGCUGCUGUCCUUAUUAAAGUCAGUUUACGUGGAAUCAAAAGACCCUCCGGCGCAGAGUGUGAAACAGCCGAAAGCUCUGUCUGUAAAGGAUAUUGACCGGAGGCCGUUGAAGUUCAGUCAUCCUGGGGACCCAUAUGGCAUUUCGGAAAUCACAGACGUCCCAAAGGGCAAACUGUCGAUUGUGGAGGCUCUCACAGCCCUAAGUAACCACAAACGCUCCCCAAAAACAUGGACAGCUGAGAAGCUCGCCGAGGAAUACUCUUUAGAUUUAAAGGACACGAAGGCACUUCUUGAGUUCUUCAUCCCUUUCGAAGUCAAAAUUAUUCCACCCAAGACUGCAGACACCAAAAGGAUUAAAGACACCUAACAUCAGCACCCUCCUGUAUUUCCCCCCGUCCAUGACAAACCUGUGUAAAUUCAUUGAUUACUGUACUUUUUCUUUUUUUUUCA